CUCUUCACAUUUGGCAACAAAUCCAUUCAAUUCUCUUUUAUGGUUUGCAAACGUAACACCAUGAGUAGUGACUGUUUCAUUAGAGGACUGGUAUUUGGAGCUGGAUUUGCAUUGGCAAACUGGGUUUUAGGUCCCAAACCUCCUACCGUUAAUGUCACUGCACCACCACCUCCUGCCGAUAAUGUCACCGCAGCACCAGCAUUGCAGCAGGUUGAUGGCGAUCCGUGCUCUUUUCGAGCUAUCACCAAACUCUUAGAUUGCAUAAACAGCUCUAAGAAUGAGAAGGCGAUUAACAAGUGCCAGGUUUACAUGGACAGGCUUGUAGCAUGCAGAAAAGAUCAUCUUAGUAAGUUCAUUAGAGCAGAGCCUUUGAGAUCACAAAUAACAAUUAGGUGUUCGUUAUUCUUGUCUAUUACUUUCUCUAAGUGCAUCAACAGCUAUGGAAGCGAUAUUAGCAAGUGCCAGUUUUACAUGGACAGGCUUGCAGAAUGCAGAAAGAACAAUGGUGCCCCAAUGAGUGCUUGA